GAGGCGGAAAACUGACAUUUACCUCCAUGCAAAUUUUAAUGGGUCAAUCGCCAUUUAAAUAUGCAGGAUAUUUUAUCCCUGAAAACAUGAUAGAUGAACUGGGUAUGAAGCAACACAGUCUAAUCAUAUUUAAUGACUUUUAUGUGAAACUAGGUUCAGAUUCAAAUACAUCCUGAUUGGGAGAUUACAUGAGUGGAUGACGCCUGAAUUUUCCCAUGAAAGUUUACAAGUGCAGUUAAACUUGAUGGGGACUCUUUGGCAUGGCUCCCCAAGAUUAAAAUCUCAAUGAACCUUUGAUAGUAGAGCGUGUUUAUAAACCUGAUGCAACCAUCAUUGACCUUUAUUUGUCUCGAUGAAGGUCCCUUACGUUCCUGAAGGUCUUGAAGCUAUUAUAUUUACUGCUGAUGGAGAUAUGAGGCAGGCCUUGAACAACUUGCAGGCUACACAUAGUGGAUUCCAUUUUGUCAACCAGGAAAAUGUUUUCAAGGUCUGUGAUCAGCCUCAUCCAUUGCAUGUGAAGAAUAUGGUGCGCCAGGUGCUUGAGGGAAAAUUUGAUGAUGCUUGUUCUGGUCUGAAGCAUCUCUAUGAUAUGGGCUAUUCCCCCACUGACAUAAUUACAACCCUUUUCCGAAUCAUAAAGAAUUAUGAUAUGGCUGAAUAUCUGAAAUUGGAGUUCAUGAAGGAAACUGGGUUUGCCCAUAUGAGAAUCUGCGAUGGUGUUGGUUCGUAUCUUCAGCUCUGUGGCCUGUUGGCCAAGCUUGCUUUAGUUCGUGACACA